GGGAUGGGAAGGACACGUACCGAUCCCGAUCGCACUAGCCCCGAAGGAAGAGCUCGAAGGGCUUGAGAAGAGGAUUAUUCGGAGAUGGUCGCCGAUGCUUAACGUUAAUGGAUGGAGGGACGGGAAGAAGAGGAAGAAGAGCAGGAGAAAGGGAAGGCAAGAGAGAGGUGGUAGGAGGAAGAGGUGCUUUGAAGAUGAAAGGGUAGUGAGGUUCUCGGCUAAGGAGGACGUGAGUAGCGUGAAGCCGACGAGUAUUAUUGAAAGGCUGAAGGGAAAAAAGCAUAGGGAGCUAACAUCUAGUGGUGGAAAGAUCUGGGGAGAAGACUGGAGUGUCGUAAGGAGGAGGUACGGUGGGUCUGACCUGGUGGCAAAAGGAAAGACCGUAAAGCUUCGUUCUGCGAAAAUAUGUUUUGAAGAAGGGGGAGUAAUCCAACUGUCACGGAUCCAUGAACGAAAGCCUGGUGAUUCGGCGAAGAAGAAACUCUUGCACCAGAUGCUCAGACUACCAUGGGCGAGGAAGAAGCUGAAGAAACUAGGAAUUGGGGAGUUGGCAGAGUUGUAUAGCAAUAUCGGUUCGUUCUCAAGCAAGGAGACGCGGAAGACGUUAAAGAACAUCGUGGAUUGCGAGGUGAAGGCAAGGUUCAAGAUUAGCUUCAGAAGGAAGAUUGUGGUAUGGAUCAGAUACGAUGAACGAGUGUCAAGAGCCGAAGUGAGAAGGGUGAUGCAGGAGAAGAUCAACCGCCAACACGAGUCCGCUGCUGUGGCAAAGUUACGUUGUCAGAAGCUACAAUCGGUCUGGCGAAAGAACCAGACGAUUGGCCAGCUUCUCCAUAACCAUCGCGAGUUCAGUCGCCAAAUGGUUGUUGUCUGCAUAUGUGCAGAUUUUGACCUUCCAAAACAGGAAGGACACAUAAUCUUCCGCCUAAGCACCAGAGGUGACGUGUGCGAAAAACUCUUCAACGCGAAGAACGUUGUAAGAGCCGUUGACUGCGAGAAAAAGGAGGUUGCAUUAUGUAGAGAGUUGAAUGACGCUCUGCUGAAGGCGGGCUUCGACGAUCCUUGGACUCUGCAGCAAGCCCGAGGAUGCCUGAGGGCCCAGAAUGUACAUGAAGCUGGGCUGAUCGAUCGUAUCUGGGAGUUAAAGGAGAGAUGGAGGGAGCUGGUGUUUAGCCCGUUAGACAAGAAUCCAACGGAAACCGUUGUGUUGUGUCCGACGAAGUAUGCUGAAGAGAUGAAGAAGAUGUUUUGGAGGAAUGCAGCGUUUGAGGCAGUUUGGGAAAAGGAAGAGAAAGUGAUGGUACAAGCGAGGAGAGAAUUUGAAGAGAAGGGGCUGUCGAAGAUAGGUCAAUGGGAUAAGAAGGGUGUUGGGAGAGAACCCGGGGAGGGGCUACCUACCGUUCGCUGAAGCCAUGGGCUACGGCGCCUGUCACUUCGCCGCGCCCGCUUCCGAGGUCCUCGACGACCAGUAGGGAUGAUAUCCACAAG